GCCUUUUUAGACACCGACUUUUAAUCUUUAUAUAUUUAAUCUUCAUCUUUUGCAAUCAAAGUACUAGUAAAAGUUACAUUAAGAACGAUAUAUAGUUGACUCAAGAUAUGUAACCUAUUUUAAUUAUAAAUCUGGACAAGGAGACUGUUGGAUUUAUAGAAUUAUGACAACAUCCGUAGUAAAAUGUGACAGAUAAAAUAAUCUGAAGUGUCCUUUCAAAUCGGAGAUAGUACAAGUCAACCACAUUUAAAACAAGACAAAGAGGUCCAAAAGCUGAAGAGUGUGGCCCGAGAGAAGUAAGAUGGUAAAUAUAGACCAACCAGUGGUGUCUGAAUCACAGAUUAUUCUCAGAGAAAUAUUGCAAAAUCGUGAAUCAGUUCCUAGCGAAACAAACAUAGACAAAUCUGUUAAGAUGCAUGACACGCAGAGUACUCAACUUAAACCAGACCAUGAAAAUAUAGUUCCCGGAUGUGAAUUAAACGGAGAACAUUUUUCACGCUCAGAUCGAGGCUCAGAAACCGGAAGUGACGAGGAAUCUAGUUACCUCGAUCAAAGCAGAGUUGAUGAAACUGACGGAGAUGACCAGAAAUCAGACGCGGAUGAAACAGGUUCGAUUGACGUUCAUUCAAAUGAGGAGAGUAAGGAGGCGAAGCGUGCAAGAGUUGAAAAUAUUCUCACUUCAAUGCAGCAUCCCCAAUUUGUAGAUAUGGAGGCAAUGUAUGGGAUGAAUGAAGUAAGACGACAGAAGCGAAAGCAGACGUUACCUCAGCAACACGAGCAGACAGCUAAAAUUAGAAAAUUUGAGGGUCCACCUUAUGAAGAAGACCUAUGGAAUCUAAGGCACCAAAUAAACGCUGUGCAAAGUUAUUUCAGACAGUAUGAUGAUAGCUUACCAAAACACAUGAAUGGCUACGGUGCAAUGGACAAUAUUCAUAGACUCCACCAGGCUUACUUUGCUAACCUCUCAGCAAGACACGCGGAAGAAUUGCAAAAGGAACAGCAGCAACAACUUCAGAAUAGAGCCGCGGUUCUCGGAGCCUUUGAGAAAAAAGUGUCCAGUGCUAACGAACAUUUCAAUAUUGCAGAACAUGUAAGAGAAACAAUGAAUGCAAAUAAAGGUCUCUCACAGGGUGUUGCUGAACUAAAUGAUAAAGAAUUAAAUGAACUUAUUGCAAAUCUUAAAUCAAAAAUAGAAGAAGCCGUUAGUGUGACUGUUGAUAAAGAACUAUCAAAAUUCUUUCAAAAACGCAAUAACCAUAAAGACACUUCUCAUGAAAAUAGGGAGAGACAUAGCAAAUCUGAGACAAAUCAAAAUGACGAGAAACAAGCAAAGGAACCAGAAAAGAAGCACACAACUGACCAUUCAUUGAAUCAUAUUCUACAAAUGCCAGACAGAUCUACUAAUAAUAAUGCAUUUCGAGUACCAGAGAGACACAGUGCUUUUGAAUUACCGAAACUUAGUGGCGGUUUACAGGAAAUUCCCAGAGCGCCAUUUCCACAUCAUCCUCCACUUGGUUAUCCUCCACUUUCCUUCUACCUCCCAACUACACUUCAUCCACAAUCUAUGUAUUCAUGCCCAGUUAUUCCUCCUGAGCAAACCGAAGCACUCUCACUUGUCGUAAAUACGCCGAAGAAAAAGAGAACAAAGGUCACGGACACUCGACUUUCACCGCGUGCUGCAAGAGCUCUUUUGCAUGAAAAUGGCUCCUUAGGCUCUAUGUUUGAACACGAGAGGGCUCUGUCGUCAAGUUUUGGACAGAUGAAUCCGCCAUGUUUACCAACAAGUGUUGCAAUACCAAACCCUAGUCUCCAGCACUCAGACAUUCUCAACUAUUACAAGGAAUCAAUGUGCAACUCCCCAAGUGAGAAUGACCGCACCACGCCAUGUUCAUCUACUUCUCCCUCGGAGGGCGGAUUUGGCUACAUGAAAUCAGACUUCUUCAAUGAUGGGGAGACAUAUGACUCACAUGGAAAACAAAUCACCGAUACUUUGACGCCGAUGCAUCUACGGAAAGCGAAACUGAUGUUUUUCUACGUGAGGUACCCUAGUUCUGCCAUUCUCAAGGUUUACUUUCCAGAUGUCCAGUUCAACAAAAACAACACAGCUCAACUGGUCAAGUGGUUCAGUAACUUCAGGGAGUUUUACUACAUUCAGAUGGAGAAGUAUGCCCGACAGGCUAUCGCAGAGGGGUGUAAGCAUUCAGACGAACUCACUGUAACGACAGAGUCCGAGCUGUAUCGAGUGCUCAAUCUACACUAUAACAGAAACAACCAAAUUGAGGUGCCAGAGAAUUUCCGACUUACCGUUCAAGCAACGCUACGAGAAUUUUUCAUCGCCGUCGCUGCCAACAAGGACACCGAACCUUCCUGGAAGAAGCCUAUUUACAAAGUGAUUGCACGUAUGGAUGACUCACUUCCGGAAUACUUCAAAUCACCCAACUGGAUGGAUCAACUAGGUGAUGCCUAAUGCAGUUAAUUUUAACAGCUGAUCAAAAAGUGUCGUUUGUUCUUCGAGAGCAUAAACACUGAAAAACGUUCCAGUGUUUGAUUCUGUAAACUUAUGCAGGGAAAUCCUCAAAAUCAAAGAGAAAUAGCUUCAGAUUUUGUCAAUACCAAGUUUAUAUAUAAAAUACUGUUGAAGUUCUCACGAAACAUUAGAAACUUGAGAUGAACGUAUUCCAUGAGUGAAUACAAGAAACAUGGCCAAAUCAGAAACCAAAAACAGGAGUACUAGACAUGACCAAAUGAACGUGACAAUCAAAAGUCAUGACCCUUUUUUAUCAAUCACGUUGACAUAUUUCAUAUUGUGCUAUGUAAGUAUUUGAUGAUGAAAAAAUAACGUUUUUAAAAGCAAUAGUUUUGUUUGUUGCUGGGUACUAAUAUUUUAUUUAGUUAUUAUAACAUUUAUAUUUACGAGCGGUUGUAUAUAGACAACAGUUUAUUUUUGCAGAUUAAACCUUGUAUUUUAGUGUAACGAAUUUAGAAAUGCACAAAAAUCUGCUUGUUUAGAGUAUAACACAAUUCUCUGAACACUUUAAAACAACAUAACUAUAUUAUUUCAUUUUGGUCGCCUUUUUACUGGAAAUGGAUAUAAUGGAACAAAACUAUGUUUUAUGCUUGACCUUCUUUGAUACUUAUUUAUGAAUACGUGUUGGGUAAAUAUAUAUUACAGUAUUCGACAUCUUCUGGUCACUCUUUUAUAUAUUACAUAAGUAUUCGUAUCUGAAAUUAUAUAUUAAACUUAACAUAUUUUUUUUUUACGCUGAAAAAUUGAUGGGCUCUUUUACAGUUGUGUGUCAGCGUAGAAAUAUUAUUUUCUGCUCUUCAGAAACAGUCUGUACCUAGGUAUUUUGUGCAUAGAUGUCUUAAGGCAGAUUAUAACUCUGGCAUAAUGUUAAAACCAAUUCAUUUUUAUGUAUGUAUAUGCUGUAUGUUUUACCUGAUGGAGAUCAAGGACAUUUCUAGUCAUAUAACUAUGAUUUCACCAUUUUACAAUUAUUGCAUAUUUUUUUGGUUUGUUUACAUUUUCUAAUCAGUUUGGUUGUGUUCAUUUUAUUAUGUUAUAUGACAUACAUUUGUACAUUCGUUCAUUUUUGUCACGGAAAUCCAGAGGACCUAAAAUCAUUACAAUGCGAGAAUGUUAAAAGGUUUAGGUUUAAAAGUAGAUACAUAUUUUAACGAUUUUAAUGAGGACCAGUUAUCUGCAAUAUCCAUCCCCCCAUGUCGUGUUUAUAAGAUAUUUAUAUUGAGGUAUUUCAGAUGGAUAUCGAAUCAAUGUAUAUCUUAAAUUAAUGUCUCUGAAUGGAGACCAAAUCCUUAAAACAUCUCCUAAUGCGCGGUAACACUAACCCUUAAACCACUGUUGAAACCUGGAUUUGGUAUUUUGUGUCGACUUGAUUUUUUUAAACUUUUUUUUAAACAUGCAUUCUAUGGCAGAAAAUAUGUCGUAAGUUCAAACCUACGUUUCGGAUAUAUAAUAUUGGUACCUUUUAUCAGAAGUUACUUGAAAUGAAAUAGAACCCAUACCAUGUAAGAAAUUAAAUUUUAAGUUUGUCGCAUCAUGCUACAUAUGUUUAGCAUUUAAGCACAUAGAUCCUACUAUGAACUGACGUCAAAUAAUUGAAUUCUCACAGAAAAAGGUUGAUUUUGAAGCCUAGAAAUUUACCCUAUACAGAGAAAUUUCCAAAAUUAUCUAGACAUAAUUAUGAUUAAUAAUAUGUAUGGCAUCAUUUUCAAAUAUAUAACAAUAUCAAAAAGUAUUAAAGACGAUGUACUUUUCAAGCUGUAAACAAGUUUUUCCAUAAGCAUCUUAAAUUUUAUUUUGAAACUCAUUUUGUGUUACCAUGAGGUUUUUAAAUGAUCUUCUUGAUACUAGUCCACAAGUUUGCGUCUAAACACCUGACUGGUGUCAAAAUACUACUGUUACAUUGACCUUGUUGCGUUCAGUUGCAAUUUAAGAAACAUAGAAUAUGUAAACAGAACCUGGAGUGAACGAUUUUGUUAACUUUGUUACUGGUAUGAAAGGUAGGCGUGUAUGCACUUUGUUACUCUUUUUUUUUUACAUAAUCUUUGUUAGUUAAGUGUACAGACAUUUUUUUCAUAUGAAGAGAUUUAUAUUGUGCAAUAAUUCAUGAACUGUUUCAGUGACAUCAUCAUGGUAUAUGUACUUUUUUGAAUGUUUUACGCACGUAUAUUGCUUCACUGUACUCCUAAAGAGACUAACACACUUACGGAAACCAGUUGAAACCAUCAUUUACAAAACCAGUAUUCAUAAAAUUAACACUGUACGGAAACAAGUAUGAGCCAUUAUUCACCAUACUUCGAUUCGUCAUUCCAUUUGUGGAUAUAAGAAACUUGAUCUCUUACUAUUGCUAAUAAGACAUGGACAUUUUAUGUCAAAGAUACAUAUUCCAUUACUUGUAAAUAAAAAAUACAUGUGUUUUGCGUUCUGGGCGGUCCAACGGUUGAGAAUACCCAAAAAUUACACUCCAUAUUUAUGUCUGUGGUAACAGGCGCUUUUAGGCCUAAAAGUUUGCAACUGAUAUUCGGCCAGACUUUUUGAAGAUGAAACGUAGUACUGUAAUUUGAAAUCAUGUGUUGAUUUAUUCUUUUUUUUUUUAUUUAUUCUGAAUGAUCAUAAGCAAUUGUUUUGUCUAAAAAAGAACCAGUUUAUGUGAUUUCAUUGCAAUUUAAGCGAAUAAAGGUGUAUGAAUUUUAAUAGUCUGCCGCCCACUACUAUUAACGAGACGUUGAAUUCAAACUGACUUAGAUUUUAUGUAAAAGAAACAAUAUUAGAUACAAAAACAUCAUCAACAGCAAAAGGAGGGAAAAAAUUACAGUGAAGGAUAGAAAACACAAGAAAAAAUAACAUAAUGUCAAGAGCUGGUAUUGUAAUUAAGCGUUUAUGUAACAGCUGGAUAUUAAUUAGUCAUAAUACAUUAUAACAUGUUAUUAAAACAAAGAUGUUUUAUCGCCUCAUUAAAGAUGCUGUUGCAGAUGUUUACUGGCUAAAGUGAAAAGUACGAGUUGAAAAACAGCCUUCUUUGUUAGCAAAUAGGUAUAAUUUGCAUGUCCUGUAUAAAGUAUGCAUAUAUUUUCCAGCAGAUCGCGCUAUGUUAAUUAUAUUGUUCUAGAGGAAGCGUUAUUUGAUGAUGUUUGUCACGGUAAGGGUGUAUUUUCAAUUAGAAAUGACAUUCCAUAAUUAAUUCUACUAAAACAUUGACUUCUAAAACGCUAAAUGCAUAUUAGAAGAGUUUCUACGAAAAUGUAAAUAUGUAGUAAUGUUAUAGCCAUUCUGAAUUUCAUUCCCAUUGUCUUUAUAUUUUUUUUGUAUUUAUACAUUUUGAUUGUUAUACUAUUGUUAAUGACUCCCUAUAAUCUCUUAUUUAAUGUUCUUUUGAAAUAAAUAGAUAUUUAAUUGAAAUUCUUUACUUAUAUGUGU